AUGCCGCCGCGCCGCCGCCCACCCUCCGGCUACCACGGCGUUCGGGCGCGGCCGAGCGGCCGAUUUGACGCGGAGAACCGUUCCGGCGAGGAGCGGAUCCGCCUCGGCACCUUCGACACGGCGCACGAGGCGGCGCGGGCCUACGACGCCGUCGCGUGGCGGCUGGGCCGCAGCCGCCGCGCGAUGAACUUCCACGACGUGUUCACGCGGGAGCAGGCAGAGAUGCUCGCGCCGCCGCCGCCGAUGAUCACGCGGGAGCAGCAGCGCCGCCAGCGGGAGCUGGAGCAGCGCCUGCUCCGCGUUGAAUGGGCGCGCCGCUUCCCCGAAGACGUCGCCGCCACGGCGGCCUUCUACGCGGAGAAAGAGAAGAAGGAGGAGGAGAAGGCGGCGGAGAAGGCGAAGAAAAAAGCUUCAAGCGAGAAGCGCCGCGCCGACUCAACCACUGGAAGCCUCAAGCUGGAAGACGGUGUAGCUGUUAGAGGUCAGUCUGUGCAAAUUGUGUACGAAAGUAGUCAGAAUACAGAAGUUGCAGUUUAG